AUGGAAAAAUGGGGAAAUGCAACCUCAGUGACUGAAUUUGUGCUGGUUGGGCUCUCUAAAAACUUCAAAGUUCGUGCUGGAUUGUUUGUCCUCUUCUUGGUUAUCUAUCUCAUUGCUGUAGCCGGCAAUGGCCUCAUACUGAUGCUGAUUAUCGUAGAUUCUCACCUCCACACACCCAUGUAUUUUUUCCUUAGCAAUCUCUCCUUUAUUGACAUCAGCUAUAUCACCACCUCUGUCCCACAGAUGCUGGUCCACUGCUUCAUGGACAGGCCUACUAUCCUACUGGGCAGGUGUUUUGCUCAGAUGAGCAUCAGCGGCUUAUUAGCUGUCACGGAAUCCGUUUUGUUAGCUGUGAUGGCUUACGACCGUUUUGUGGCAAUAUGCUACCCUCUGCGCUACAACCUGAUCAUGAGUCGCAAUGUAUGCAUCCAGUUGGCUGCGAGUGUGUGGGUCAGCGCCUUCCUUUUGACUAUUAUACCCUUUUUCACCAUGCAGGCAACGUUGUGUGGGCCAAAUGUGGUGAAUCAUUUCAAGUGUGAACUGCAGGCAGUGUUGAAACUGGCUUGCUCUGACACCCGUGCUAAUGGAAUUACCAUGAUAAUAACCAGUGUCUUUACUCUAGCAUUCCCCUUCAUCUUUAUCCUGGUGACCUAUGGCCGUAUUGGAUUCACUGUUUUGCGUAUUCAUUCGAAACAAGGUCGGAGCAAAGCCUUGUCCACCUGUGGAUCUCAUCUCACUGUAGUGAGCAUUUAUUACGGCACCAUCCUGGCCAUGUAUUUGAGGCCUCAAGCCAAGACAUUCUCCGAUAGGGAAAAAAUAGUGGCAGUCUUUUAUGGAGUUGUGAUCCCCAUGUUAAACCCCAUCAUUUACAGCCUGAGGAACAGGGAUGUGAAGGGAGCCUUCUGCAGACUGGCUAAGAAGAAAGUAGAGGAAUAA